UCCAAUCGAGAUUGUUCCAAGAAAAUGAUUUAAGGUUGUCAAAUAUUACUAGUCGGAACUUGUCCAAAUUCAUGUGAAAACUAAUUUUAAAAAAUCGCAAACUGAGCCCAAAUCUUCAAUCUACUGUUCUCCUUAGCCUUUUAAACAAUGCACCAUAGUUUCGAAGUAGGCUGUAAACAAAACUGUCUAAAUAACCUAUGAUGCACAUCAACAUUGUUACGACGUCACUGCCAGUUUAAAAAUAGCGCCCCGAAUACGCCAGAACGGUAUGGCUUAAACAAAAACACCAGCAAAGGCAUCCUUAAAAGCGCAGUAUUUUCCAGUCAGUUUCACUUACAAUGUCGUCUAAAACUUGUAAAAUGUUUUGGCUCCUUUGCCUACUGGCAAAUGCAUUUGAAUGUUGGGGAAAUGGUGAAGCUCACUGUGAUUGUAAGGGAUUGAAUGAAGUGGUAAAUGUCCAUACUAACCAGCUGUCCGAGCUUGUAUCCUACCAGAGGAAAACUGAAGGACUAAUCACAUUGCAGGAGAAAUUGACCACAUUAAAUUCUAAAGAACACAAUAGAGAUGUAACGCAGAAACUUGAAGGGAUUGAACAUUUUAUUGCCGAAUUAAAAAUCCAGACGACGAAGGUAGAGGAUGAGCUGGCCGAAUACCGCAACAUUACUCAGAAGUUGGAUAGCUGGAUUCAAAGAUCCAACACGACGAUUGCUAACGUCGUAAAUACCACUUUACAAUCAACUACUUAUGCAUCUGAUGUGAAAAGAAAAACAACACCGACCCCGGCUAUAGUUGAAGCUCGUCGGGCCGGUCCUCGACGAACUCCUGAACAGACAAUCUUUGAGCAGGUGAAGUUGAUGGUGGCCAAUUUGACGACUGAAAUGGCCGUGUUGCGUAACUACAAGCUCCCACGUCUCGAAUCAAAAGUUGCCGCAAUCGAGGCGAGACUUCCAGUUAACUGAGAAGCCUCUGCUACGUCUACGAAUCGCAAAUAGAUUCUCUGUUGACGUUCCGGGUAGCACUACAAAUACAGAUUUCUUCAAAACGGCCUGCCUCAGCUUACGUCUGACUGAACCCUUUCUGAGAUGGUUUUCGAACAAAUAUGUCUAUGUACUGCAUUUACCAUCAACAUAGUGUGUACAAGGAAUUGGCGAACUGCAUUAGCACUAAGUGAAGCCUUAAUGAACCAUUUUGUGAAUUUUUAAAAUUUUUCCAAGACGUUGCUUUGCAGUGGCCAUUCCUUUCUUCGGUUUCUUAGCUAAAUUUACUAGAAAAUGUGAAUAAUACUGAUCGUUAGCUGCAA